AUGAAUGGGGAGAAGGGUCUCGACAAGUUGGGGAACGUGGAGAUGGCCGGCGGUGGCGGGUCGACGGUGGCUGAGGGAAAGAUGGAGGACAGCCACGGAGAUAGAUUUUCCGGCGUAGGCGACGAGAUCCAAUAUUCCGGCUGUGGCGAGAUGGAGAUGACGACGAGAUCUCUCCACGGUGGGAGUCUUGUUCUCGGUCGCGGCGGAGAUGAAAUCGGAGGCUGA